AUGACCAACUGGGCCCACGUCAAGAUCCCUGCUACCCCCACCCCCAACCUCAUCAUCGUUAACAACAUUAGCGAGGAGGCCUCCGAGAAGACUGUCAAGGACUUCUUCUUGUUCUGCGGAAAGAUCCUCGAGUUCGAGCUCCAAAAGGAGGGAGAUCGCCAAGUUGCCCUUGUCCUCUUCGAGCGUGAAUCUGCUGCCAAGACUGCCUGCAUGUUGACCAACGCCAUGAUUGUCAACAGCCAGAUCUCGGUCAAGCCCUACUUUGAGGAGGCCACCGGCGACGACCACACUGCUCAGGAGAACAAGCCCAAGGUUACUGUCUUGGCCGAGAUUCUCGCUGCCGGAUACACUCUCCAGGACCAGAUCAUCGAGAAGGGUCUUGAUAUCGAUGCCAAGUAUGGUCUUACUAGCAAGAUCCAGGCCUACGUCGAGGCUGCCAAGGCCCAGGCCAAGACUUUGGACGAGAAGUUCCAGGUCACUGCCAAGGCCACCGAGAUUGACCACAAGUACCACGUCCAGGACCGUGUCACCGCUGCUGUCGGCCAGGGUAUCGACUACUCUAACCAGGCCCUUCAGACCGCCCCCGGCCAGAAGGUCGCCGGUGUUGCCACUCAGGUCAAGGAGCAGAUCGCCGCUGUCCACUACGAGGCCCGUCGCCUUGCCGAUGAGAAGAAGGGCAAGGCUCCCAUCGCUGCCCCCGCUUCCGAGACCCCCGUUGCUUAA